GAGUGGACAAGCAUCCCCCAGCUGUGGAGGAAUGCGUGGCUCGUCUUGGUGCCCAAAAUACCACGGCCGUUAUCUCCGAAGAACUUGCGGCCGAUAGGUCUGACCGAAUCCAGCGGGCGAGCUUACGCCAGAAUGCUUCAGGUACAGCUCAGACCCUUCGCCGCCGAAUAUCUCCGAGGCAUCACACAAUUUGCCUAUCUUCCGAACAGAGAUGCGGCCAUGGCCAUCCAACGAGUGGCUGCACACUGCAGGUAUGUGGAGCAGAAGUGCCCCCAUGCCACUCGUACAGUGGCAGAUCGGCAGGAGUGCCUACCAGCUUCUGCUCCUAGCUUCGUGGGAAUCCAACUAUCACUAGAUCUAUCAAGCGCUUUUGACCUUGUCAGAUGGCAACUGCUGGACAGAGCUAUGGCCGAGGCGGGGGUACCGACGGAACUCCGUAAUGAGGUCAUGUCGUGGUACUAUCACAUUUGCUACAUGGUGGAACACCUAGGCAAAAACACGGAGAUCAUUGCCCAACAAGGCCUGCGCCAAGGACGCCAAUUAGCUCCCACCUUGUGGGCUUUGGCUGUGGGCUGCAUCUAUAAGCACAUUCGGGACAGCUCAGCCCCGGACACUAUGCAACCCUGGCUUCAGGCCAACUCCACUACCUACGCCGACGAGAUACACCUCAAGGAGACUGCGACCACUACCACAGGUCUGGACAAGGCUCUCUACCGAUUUGGGCUUGUGCUUGAUGCUCUGGCUGGACAGGGGAUGAUCAUCAAUGCUGGUAAGUCAGCUUUCCUCCUUAAACACCGCGGAUCCUUCCUCAAGAAAUGGAGGCGAAGACAUUGCCUCUCCACGUCGGAGGGUGAUCUUCUACUCUUUCGCACUCCCGGAGGAACUGCGUACCGCAUCCCUUUGCGGGAGCAGCACACUUACCUGGGCGUCCGGAUCUCAUAUCAUGCCAUGGCGAGCCACACGGCCCUACAUCGCAUUCAGGCCGCCAAUGCAGCCUGGCAACGCCUGAGGCGAAUCCUCUGUUCUCCCAGACAGCUCCAGCUAACAGCUCGAAUCUCGCUCUGGAAAUCGACUGUGCUACCAACCCUGCUCUAUGGACUGGCCGCUGUGCGACUAGGUCCGAAAGAUAUUGGGAGAGUGCAGGCCCUCAUCAUCAAACAUGCCCGAGCCAUGGCGCACUCGUACGCGCACUUGCAACAGGAGUCCACCAUGAAUGCGCAUGCUCGUCUGAGAGUCCCCACGGCCCUGGACAGCCUCCUGAAGGAGGCCACUGCUCUACAUAGGCGGCUGUGUCUUCUUCAGGAUCAUUCUGACUUCGUCCAGGCGUCUGCCGUCGAGGACAUCCGAGAACAAGCAGCCACACUCCAGGCCUCGAGGGAGGUGCAGUGGACUGCCCCUGCUGAACCGGAGGCAGGGCUGCUGCCUCACACCUGUGUGGAAUGCGGCCAGAGCUUUGCAUCCUUCCGUCUCCUGCGAUCGCACGAGGCUAAGAAGCAUGGACAGCGCACACCCCAGUGUGACACUCAACCCUUUGAUCGGUUCGCGCACGGCACUGGUGGCCUGCCCACCUGUAGGCAUUGUGGACAUCGUUUCAGGCAGUGGGACAAUUUGAUCAAACAUAUCAAGAAGAACCGCUGCAAGGUUCUCAGAGAUAGGAAACAGACCAUGACCCGCUACCAUCGCGCCGAGCAGAACCGGGACUCUGAGCAAUCGCUCUCCUGCACCCCGACCGAUAGGCACUGGUAUCAAUGUCAUGUACUCAGUCUGUGUGCCUUUCUAGCCGUGCAGCAACACCAUGACGGGAGCGGAGAUGGAUCUGGACGAACAGGAAAACUCUUCUUUGGUCAAAUGGGGCCGCUCAAGAGGGAUCAGACAGCACCAACCAGGGACCCGGCCUCACAAACGCUGGGGAAGAGACAACGCCUGGAGCACCAGGAUCCACCCAAGGGACGAAGCAAGGGCAAAGGCAAGGGCAAAGGAAAGGGAAAGACGAACUCCCCACUACCACAGGGAGUCUACCCCGCAGCGCGCAUGUGGGCCUACUCCAGUGGCUUCGACGAAGAUCUGGAUCAGCCAUGGAUGUCGAACAGGACCUCUCGAUCGACGUGGCUGGAGGCGAGAGUGGAGAAGCUCACCCAGCUUGCCUUGAGACAGGAACAGGUCAUCGCAUCCCUACGCCAAGACAUGACGAUGUACCUGUUCAUGAAGACGGGGGACGAUGGCAUGAUACCGGUCUUAUGCCAGGCGGCGGACAAGUGGCGAACCAUCAGGGAGGAAACACCGGACAAGCUGAACUACUCCUUGAAGCUCACGAUGUUCAAGCAGCUCUUGAUCUCCCUUCAGGAGAGAUUGACGGAGACGGCCAAGUCGCAGCAAGCUAUGGACCAUGCUCGCUCCCUGGGUUGGUUGGACAACGACCAAAGCUGGAAAGUCCUGAAAUGGAACCCGGCACAGCAGGCCCUGGAAGUGGAGACUGCACUUCGGGCCGUCCCUACGGCAGAUCUGCUGGCGCAGAUCGUACAGGUCAGGAAGGCCACCACCGAGGAGACGUUGCUUCGCUUCAAAAGCAUUCGUCCCCUCUCCACCGAGGUCACGACAGACUGGGUACAGUUCCAGAUCGCAGUCUCCCUGCGGAUGGACGGAGCUCCGUUGUGGAGCACACUUCAACAGUGGAUCGGCCAAUCUGCGUGGCACACCCUUGGGUGCCGACUCCGACGCGACCGUCCGAACUACGACAAUCUGGUGAGCCAGAUUUGGAGUCGAGAGUGA